AUGUUCACUGACCGCAGGCAAUGGGGGGUUGAAUUUAAGGGGGGGGGGGGGGGGUUAUGGGGGGGGGGGUGUGGGUGGGGUGGGGUGGGGGUGGGGGGGGGUGGGGGGGGGGGGGGGGGGGGGGGGGGGGGGGGGGGGGUAGGGUUGGGGGGGGGGGGGGGUGGUGGUGGGGGGAUAAGGGGUGGGGGGGGGGGGUGGGGGGGGGAGGGUGGGGGGUGGUGGGGUGGAGGGGGGGGGGGGGGUGUACUCGGAUUAUUAUGCUAA